AACCCCUUCUCCCCAAAAAACGCACACCGAUCGUGACUGUUUACAGCGCUCUGUUUUUCCACUUUGCCGGCAAGAUUAAACUCUUCGAACGUUAAUUUCUGCUCUGACCACGGUACCGAUCGGUUGUGUGCGCACCAAACCCAGUUUCCAGCGUGUCGCCGUACGUUUCGGGUUGCGGUGAAACUAGUGACCCUCGAACAGUGUUGAAAGUUUGUCACAAGUGCUACGUAACGUUCGGCUGUGAUCUUUUGCGACUUGGUCGAGAGGCGUCGAGGCCACUGGAAGAGACCCUGCCGAAGGAUUACGGUGACAUCUCAGCAAACCCGGCUCAAACCGCCCCCUACAAGCACCACAAUGGACAUCGACAUGACGGUCCACAGCAACUGUGCCAGCCCUGCCACCUAUCAGCAAUACACCUGGUCGCUAACGGACAAACUGCGAAAGACGGCUAAAUCGGAGCUGCGCGAGGAUGAACAUCUGCGAGCGCAAGGUUUGGCGCAGAUGCGCGACUUCAUCGCCAAAAGUCCCCACAUCAAACGGUGCCGUACGGAUGCACUGUUUCUGCUGCGGUUUCUCCGCACGAAGAAGUACUCGAUACCGCAGGCCUGUGCCAUGUUGGAGAAGUACCUUACGGUACGUCAGACCAAUCCUGCCUGGUUCCAUCGGUUGGAUAUUGAAGAUCCCGAAAUUGAAGCAAUCAUCGAUGGUGGAUACAUUGUGCCGUUACCGGAGCGUGAUGAUCAUGGCCGACAGGUGGUACUGUCCGUUGCAGGGAAUCUUGAUCUAAGCCGCGUGUCUUCUGCCCUAUUGGCAAGGGUACACUUCCUCGUGCAGGAGGUACUGGCCGAUGAUGAGCAAUCACAGAUUUGUGGCUACGUACACUGUGUGGAUGAGCGGGAGUUGUCGAUGAAGCUGAUGGGCAUGUGGUCCCUGGUGGACAUUAAAAAGGUGGCGGAUUGCAUACAGAACGGUUUGCCGAGUCGUAUCAAUGGAUUUAAUCUGAUCGGUCUACCGUCCACGGCUGCCACGCUGCUCGAGUUUUGCGUUUCACUGUUGAGUGAUAAGCUACGUAAGCGAAUCAACCUUUUCCGCACCGUGGAAGACUUUGCCGGCAAGAUUAACCGUAAGAUUCUGCCGAAGGAGUACGGCGGUACCGUGCCGAUGGCUGAUAUGAUCGCACAGUUUAAGGAGCGCUGUCGUCAGAAGAAGGCCCAACUGUUGGCGAUGGAUGACAUGUGCAUCGAGCUGUCGAAGGUCCCGGGACACUGUGCGGAUUCGUGCCGUCGGGAUCUGGAUGCCGGUAUGAUUGGAAGUUUCCGCAAGCUGGAGGUCGAUUAAGGACGGGCUGUUUAAGAUUAGCUGUUAAGAAGAAUGUAUCAUAUUUCCAUACUACACCUAUGCUUGCUAGCGUUAAGAUGAAACAACCAACCGCAGAUAGAUGGAAUGAGUGGAUUCUAUUUGAUAUGGGAACAUUAUUGGUGGUAUACAUAUGUUAUAUCUAAUCGCGUAUUAAUGGAUUGUCUACAGAUUUAUAUUUUCUAUACCCGCAUCACUGCCGAGUCCUUCCACGAUUAAGGGCAGUGUAAGGGGAUGUUAUGUAACGGCACCAGAAACGUACUCAAAAGCAUGUAAAACUUCAUGCGCUCUGUUUUGUCAUUCUUCAACUUUAAACUGUGAUUUUGUUUUAUUAUUUCCAUGUUCGUUACGCGUAAACGGUCUAUUUCUACGUGUUCUGUCAUCAUCAAAAUUGUGUCCAGCCAUGUUUUACCAUACCAAUGUGGUCACUGCAACGAUUUAAAAACUCCCCAAUCCGGAACACACCAGAAAGAGACAAAACGCACAGAAGCAAGAUGGCGCUUGCGUAAUGCCGCAACAAUCCUAAUUGCUAUCAAAGCACGACAAAGCACGUAACCGGUGCAGCGGGACAGAAAGAUGUACGUUACCUUAAAUCAUAAUCGAAAUACGAAUAAAAUGGAUGGUGAAAACAGAAACUAACCCAAUACA